GCAAAACACAAAUAAACAAAAAAAAAAAAACUAACAAAAACAAAUCGUUGAGUGUCGCUGAGAGAAUAGCAAAAAGAUACAAGUAAUAAUACCUUUUUAAUCACAUAACACCAGCUAUUAUUACAAUUAAAUUACAUUUGUUGUUAACACACGCCUUGAUUGAAUAAUACUCCAAAAAUCAUAGUGUUAAAAAAAUAAUUAACAAUGGAUAAAAAUUAUUCCAUUGUUUGGAUUAUUAGUGUUUUAUUUAUCAUUAUUAAUUAUGCAAAUGAAAAUUUGGCAUUAUUUACAAAUGGCUAUCCAAAGUUGACAAAAUUUCCACUUAAUUUUGGUGAUGAUGCUGGUACACCAUUAUUUCUUACUCCUUUUAUUGAUUCAGGAAAAAUUGAGGAUGCAAGAAAAAGUGCUUCUGUUGAUCACAAAGAUAUGAGUGAUGUAAGCAGUUAUGCUGGUUAUUUAACUGUUAAUAAAAAAUAUAAUUCAAAUAUGUUUUUUUGGUUCUUUCCUGCUCAAUCAAAUCCAAAAGAUGCUCCAGUUGUUUUAUGGCUUCAAGGUGGUCCAGGUGCCAGUUCUCUUUUUGGUUUAUUUACUGAAAAUGGACCAUUCUCAGUAACACAAAAUAAAACUCUUAAAAAACGUGAAUAUUCAUGGACACUUAAUCACAAUGUUAUUUACAUUGAUAAUCCAGUUGGAACUGGCUACAGUUUUACUGAUCAUGAUCAAGGCUAUUGUACAAAUGAAACAGAAGUUGGAUUAGAUCUUCAUGAAGCAUUGACACAAUUUUUUCAAUUGUUUCCUGAAUUACAAAAAAAUCCAUUCUACGUUACUGGAGAGUCUUAUGCUGGUAAAUAUGUACCAGCUUUAGCAUAUACAAUUCAUAAAUUAAAUCCAAGCUCAAAAAUAAAAAUAAAUAUGAAAGGUAUUGCAAUUGGUAAUGGUUUAACUGAUCCAGUUAAUCAAUUAUUAUAUGGUGAUUAUCUUUAUCAACUUGGUUUAAUUGAUUUUAAUGGACGUAAUGAAUUUCAUAAUUAUGAAAAACAAGGAAGAGAUUUUAUAAAUCAAAGUAAAUAUAAUGAAGCAUUUGAUAUAUUUAAUAAACUUAUUGAUGGUGAUUUAAAUUCAGAGCCAAGUUUAUUUAAAAAUUUAACUGGUUUUGAUUUUUAUUUUAAUUAUUUAAAAACAUGUGAUAGUAAUGAGUCAUUAUGGAUGUCUGAAUAUAUACAAAGAGUUGAUGUUAGACGUGCUAUUCAUGUUGGUAAUUGCUCAUAUGAUGUUGAAGCAAAUCAAGUUGAAAAACAUUUAAUUGGUGAUAUAACACGUUCAGAAGCUGAUAAAAUUGUUGUUCUUUUACAAAAUUAUAAAGUACUUAUUUAUAAUGGACAACUUGAUAUUAUUGUUGCUUAUCCAUUGACUGAAAAUUAUUUACAACAAUUAAAAUGGCCUGGUGCUGAUAAAUAUAAACAAGCUAAACGAAAAACUUGGAUUGUUGAUAAAGAAAUUGCUGGUUAUUCAAAACAAUCUGGUAAUCUUAUUGAAGUUUUAGUUAGAAAUGCUGGACAUAUGGUUCCUGGAGAUCAACCAAAAUGGGCCUGGGAUUUAAUCACCAGACUUACUCAUGGUAAAAAUUUUUAAAACAAAGUUAAAUCGAAAAAAAAAAAAUGAAAUUUCCAGUGUUAUUUUCACUUUUUUGAAUGAAUUUUCUAAAUGAUUAAUUAAUUAUUUAGAAAAACAAAAAACAAAUACUUAAAAGUUACCAUAAACAUUUUUUUUUUUAUACCUUGAUAUUUUUCUAGUGUAUGUUAAAAUAAAAAUAAAAAAAUAUUCUCUAUAAUAUUUAUAAAUAAAUGAAAAUAAAAUAAUUUGCAUUUGAAAAUUUUUUUAUUUAAUUUCAAUUUAGAUAAUCUCAAUUAUAAUUAUAAAAAUAAUUUUUUAAUUCAAUAUAAUUUCAAUGUAAUUUGCUGCAAAAAUUCAGUCUUGAAUUAUUCAAUUUAAUUAUCAAUUUAUAUCACU